GGGGCCGGGUGUCCGGCCGCAGCGCCGCCGCCAUCACGGAUUUCCUGUGGGACAAGCGCACGGGCCUCGCCGCCAGGACGAUGCCCCACCCCCGCCGCUACCGGUCAUCGGAGCGGGGCAGCUACCGCGGGCGGAAGCACAAGCGGCGGAGGAGCCGGUCGUGGUCCCGCAGCAGCAGCGACCGCACGCGCCGGCCCCGGCGGGAAGACAGUUACCACGUCCGCUCGCGGAGCUACGGGGACCGCUCGCCCGACCGGCGGCCGUACGCCCGGCGCUACUGCGGCGGCGGCGGCUACCGGAGCCGGGACCGCGGCCAGCCGUACUGUCUCCCCGACUGCCGCGGCUCCUAUGACGCCUACCGGGGCAGCCGCAGGAAACCUCGCCGCCACCAGCGCCGCACUCGCACUUUCAGCCGCUCCUCCACGCAGCGCAGCAGCCGGAGGGCCAAGAGCGUGGAGGACGACGCCGAGGGCCACCUCGUCUACCACAUCGGCGACUGGCUCCAGGACCGAUAUGAGAUCGUCAGCACCCUCGGGGAGGGGACGUUCGGCCGCGUGGUGCAUUGCCUGGACCACCGCAGGGGCGGGGCCCGCGUGGCCUUAAAGAUCAUCAAGAACGUGGAGAAGUACAAGGAGGCCGCCCGGCUGGAGAUCAACGUCCUGGAGAAGAUCAACGAGAAGGACCCGGACAACAAGAACCUCUGCGUCCAGAUGUUCGACUGGUUCGACUACCACGGCCACAUGUGCAUCUCCUUCGAGCUGCUGGGCCUGAGCACCUUCGACUUCCUCAAGGACAACAACUACGUGCCCUACCCCAUCCAGCACGUGCGCGACAUGGCCUACCAGCUCUGCCGGGCCGUCAAGUUCCUCCACGACAACAAGCUGACGCACACGGACCUGAAGCCGGAGAACAUCCUGUUCGUCAAUUCGGACUACGAGCUCACCUACAACUUGGAGAAGAAGCGGGACGAGCGCAGCGUGAAGUGCACGGCCGUGAGGGUGGUGGACUUUGGCAGUGCCACCUUCGACCACGAGCACCACAGCACGAUAGUGUCCACCCGCCACUACCGGGCCCCCGAGGUCAUCCUAGAGCUCGGCUGGACGCAGCCGUGCGACGUCUGGAGCAUCGGCUGCAUCGUGUUCGAGUACUACGUGGGCUUCACCCUGUUUCAGACCCACGAUAACCGGGAACACCUGGCCAUGAUGGAACGGAUACUGGGGCCCAUCCCGUCGCGGAUGAUCCGGAAGACGAGGAAGCAGAAGUAUUUUUACCGCGGCCGGCUGGACUGGGACGAGAACACGUCGGCCGGACGCUACGUCCGGGAGAACUGCAAACCGCUCCGCCGCUACUUGACGUCCGAGGCCGAGGAACACCACCAGCUCUUCGACCUGAUCGAGGGCAUGUUGGAGUACGAGCCGGCCAAGCGGCUGGCCCUGGGCGAGGCCCUGCAGCACCCCUUCUUCGCCCGCCACCCGCGCGCCCCGCCGCCCAGCCCCCCGCUCUGGGACGCCACCCGGGACAUCAGCCGGUGA